AUGAAGUUCUCCGCCGUCAUCGCCGUCUUAUCGGCGACCUUAGCGCCUGCCACCGCCUUCUUCUCCUCCCCCAGCAAGAUCCGCGGCGACGACACCAGUGUCCCCGGAAAUUCUCCCUUAGAAUACUGUGACCCUGAGCACGACAAUGAUGUCCUCACGAUCAAGAGCGUUGACCUCGUCCCGAACCCUCCUCUAGCCGGCGAGGAGCUCGUCAUAAAAGCGGUCGGACACGCCUCCAAGGAUAUCGAGGAGGGUGCCUACGUUCUUCUCACCGUCAAGUACGGCCUCAUCAAGCUCAUCAGCACGACUGCCGAUCUGUGCGAGCAAAUCAAGAACGUGGAUCUGGAGUGCCCUAUCAAGGAGGGUCAACUCUCUAUUACCAAGUCUGUCGAUCUUCCUGCUGAGAUUCCUCCUGGCAAAUAUACCGUCCUUGCCGACGUCUACACGAAAGAUGACGAGCCCAUUACAUGCUUGCAGGCUACCGUCGUCUUCGCGAGAGGAGAACGCUUCCUCAACUUUGAGCUAUAA